AUGUCUGACGAGCGCGUUGGGGCCGCCGUCGUCACCGGCGCCCAGAUCAGGGAGAUCAAGACCGAGGAGGAGUGGGACGACAUCCUCUGCAAGCCUGAGAUCGUGUUUGCGCGCACCAGCCCCCAGCAGAAGCUGCAGAUCGUGGAGAACCUGCAGCGCCUCGGAGAGGUGGUGGCUGUGACGGGUGAUGGCGUGAACGACGCGCCGGCACUCAAGAAGGCUCAGAUCGGUGUUGCCAUGGGCAAGGGCGGCUCGGACCGCUCCGUCCGCGCCGCCCCCGUGCUUUGCUCUUUGGAUUUGUGUCAGAUGUGGCUCGUGAGGCGGCAGACAUCGUUCUGA